GCCGCAGCUAUGGAGCCACUGGAGGAGAGAGAAACACAGGUUGCUGCGUGGUUAAAAAAAAUAUUUGGAGAUCAUCCCAUUCCACAGUAUGAGGUGAACCCACGGACCACAGAGAUUUUACAUCACCUUUCAGAACGCAACAGGGUCCGGGACAGGGAUGUCUACCUGGUAGUAGAGGACUUGAAGCAGAAAGCAAGUGAAUACGAAUCAGAAGCCAAGUAUCUUCAAGACCUUCUCAUGGAGAGUGUGAAUUUUUCCCCUGCCAACCUCUCUAGCACUGGUUCCAGGUAUCUGAAUGCUUUGGUUGACAGUUCAGUGGCCCUUGAAACAAAGGAUACCUCACUAGCUAGUUUUAUCCCUGCAGUGAAUGAUUUGACCUCUAAUCUCUUUCGUACCAAAUCAAAAAGUGAAGAAAUCAAGAUUGAACUGGAAAAACUUGAAAAAAAUCUAACUGCAACAUUAGUAUUAGAAAAAUGUCUACAAGAGGAUGUCAAGAAAGCAGAGUUGCAUCUGUCUAUAGAAAGGGCCAAAGUUGAUAAUCGUCGUCAGAACAUGGACUUUCUAAAAGCAAAGUCAGAGGAAUUCAGAUUUGGAAUCAAGGCUGCAGAGGAGCAACUUUCAGCCAGAGGCAUGGAUGCUUCUCUGUCUCAUCAGUCCCUAGUAGCACUGUCGGAGAAACUGGCAAGAUUAAAGCAACAGACUAUACCUUUGAAGAAAAAAUUGGAAUCCUAUUUAGACUUAAUGCCGAAUCCAUCUCUUGCUCGAGUGAAAAUUGAAGAAGCAAAGCGUGAAUUAAUGAUGUCUUGCUCUGUCAUCCAGAACUAGAGUGCAGUGGAGCAAUCAUAGCU